GCCCCGCCGCGCUUCGAAUCUGCCGCGCGCUGAGCACAGCCCUGUGACCCGGAAGUGUUCAGCGGGGGCGAAGGGGCCACUUCCGACUGGCGCAGGUCGGGCUACGGGCAGCCGCUUCUCGGCGGAUCCGCUGCGACCGCAGCCAUGGGCAAGAAGCACAAGAAGCACAAGGCGGAGUGGCGCUCGUCGUACGAAGAUUACACGGACACACCACUGGAGAAGCCUCUGAAGCUAGUGCUCAAGGUGGGAGGAAGCGAAGUGACGGAACUUUCAGGAUCUGGCCACGACUCCAGCUACUAUGAUGAUAGGUCAGACCAUGAGCGGGAGAGACACAAAGAAAAGAAGAAGAAAAAGAAGAAGAAGUCAGAGAAGGAAAAGCACCUCGAUGAGGAGGAGAGAAGGAAACGGAAGGAAGAGAAAAAGCGGAAGCGGGAGAAGGAGCACUGCGACUCAGAGGGGGAGGCUGAUGCCUUCGACCCUGGAAAGAAGGUGGAGGUGGAGCCACCCCCAGAUCGACCAGUGAGAGCCUGCCGAACACAGCCAGCUGAGAAUGAGAGCACACCUAUCCAGAGGCUUCUGGAGCACUUCCUCCGUCAGCUGCAGAGAAAAGAUCCUCAUGGAUUUUUUGCUUUUCCUGUCACGGAUGCAAUUGCUCCUGGGUAUUCAAUGAUAAUAAAACAUCCCAUGGACUUUGGCACAAUGAAAGACAAGAUCGUAGCCAAUGAAUAUAAAUCAGUCACAGAAUUUAAGGCAGAUUUCAAAUUAAUGUGUGAUAAUGCGAUGACCUACAAUAGACCAGACACCGUGUACUACAAGUUAGCCAAGAAGAUCCUGCAUGCGGGCUUUAAGAUGAUGAGCAAACAGGCAGCUCUCUUGGGCAGUGAAGACCCAGCAGUUGAGGAACCUGUUCCUGAGGUUGUCCCAGUGCAAGUAGAAACCACCAAGAAAUCCAAAAAGCCGAGUAGAGAAGUUAUCAGCUGCAUGUUUGAGCCUGAAGGGAAUGCCUGCAGCCUGACAGACAGCACUGCAGAGGAGCACGUGCUAGCCCUAGUAGAGCACGCAGCUGACGAGGCUCGGGACAGAAUUAACCGGUUUCUCCCAGGUGGCAAGAUGGGGUACCUGAAGAAGCUUGGAGAUGGAAGUCUGCUCUACAGCGUGGUGAAUGCAACUGAGCCUGACGCUGAUGAGGAGGAGACACACCCUGUGGACCUGAGUUCACUGUCUAGCAAGUUGCUCCCAGGUUUUACGACACUGGGUUUCAAAGAUGAAAGAAGAAGUAAAGUUACAUUCCUCUCUAGUGCAAGCACUGCGCUUUCAAUGCAGAACAACUCUGUGUUUGGGGACCUGAAAUCAGAUGAGAUGGAACUUCUGUACUCGGCAUAUGGAGACGAGACUGGUGUGCAGUGUGCACUGAGCCUGCAGGAGUUCGUGAAGGAUGCUGGGAGCUACAGCAAGAAAAUGGUAGACGACCUCCUGGACCAAAUCACAGGUGGAGAUCACUCAAGGAUGAUCUUCCAGCUGAAGCAGAGGAGGAGCAUCCCCAUGAGACCUGCAGAUGACGUGAAGGUUGGGGACCCACUAGGAGAUAGUGGCCCUGUUCUGGAUUUCAUGUCAAUGAAACCAUACCCUGAUGUCUCUCUGGAUGUGUCCAUGCUCAGCUCUCUGGGGAAAGUGAAGAAGGAGCUGGACCACGAUGAGAGCCACUUGAACUUGGACGAGACAACCAGGCUCCUGCAGGACUUGCACGAAGCACAAGCAGAGCGAGGAGGCUCCCGGCCAUCCUCCAAUCUCAGCUCUCUGUCCACUGCCUCUGAGAGGGAGCAGCACCCGCCAGGAAGUCCUUCUCGCCUUAGUGUUGGGGAGCAGCCGGAUGUUACCCAUGACCCUUAUGAAUUCCUUCAGUCUCCAGAACCUGCAGCUUCUGCCAAGAACUAACUUGUGGGCUUUCCAGCUGUUUUCUUUUUCUUUUUUUUUUUUUCCCAAGUUUUUUUGAUACACGGUUUUUUGU